CACAGCAGCACACAUCUAUCAGUGAUACCCUUGGUGCUUUUCGCGUCUCUGUGUUUCUUUCUCCACCGUUCUCGUGCUCCGGUUGUAUGUAUGCCUGACUUCAAGAUCUCCGCUUCUCUUGAGGGUCAUGGCGAUGAUGUUCGCGCCGUGACCUUCCCCAACCCCAAUGCGGUAUUCUCAGCCUCUCGUGAUGCCACAGUCCGUCUUUGGAAGCUCGUCUCAACUCCGCCCCCCACCUACGAUUACACCAUCACAGCGCAUGGCCAAGCAUUUAUCAACGCCUUAACUUACCUUCCACCAUCAUCCGAAUACCCUGAGGGUCUUGUGUUAUCUGGUGGCCAGGACACCAUCAUCGAAGCUCGGCAACCUGGCAAGAAUGCGGACGAUAACGCGGAUGCUAUGCUGCUGGGACAUGGGCACAAUAUCUGCGCUUUGGAUGUCUCUCCAGAUGGCCAGUGGGUUGUGAGUGGUAGUUGGGACUCAACAGCUCGACUCUGGAGGGUCGGCAAGUGGGAAACCGAAGUCGUGCUGGAAGGACAUGAAGCCAGUGUUUGGGCUGUCUUGGCUUAUGAUAAGGACACCAUCAUCACCGGCUGUGCCGACCAAAUGAUCCGCGUUUUCAAUACUUCAGGUACUCUCCUCGGAAGCGUCAAGAACUCCAACGAUGUCGUUCGAGCUCUGUGCAGAGUUCCCGCGUCGAACCCAAGUGGAGCUCAAUUUGCAUCUGCUAGUAACGAUGGAAUCAUUCGACUUUACACUUUGAAGGGUGAAUUAGUCGCUUCGCUUCACGGUCACGAGAGCUUCGUCUACUCUCUUGCUGCUUUGCCCUCGGGCGAGCUUGUCAGUGCCGGAGAAGACCGGACCGUUCGUGUUUGGAAUGGAAACCAGUGUGUGCAAACUAUUACACAUCCUGCUAUCUCAGUAUGGAGUGUUGCGGCGUGUAAAGAAACCGGCGAUAUUGUCACUGGUGCUAGUGACCGCAUUACUCGCGUCUUCAGCAGAGACCCAGAACGGCAGGCGGCGCCGGAGGUCAUCCAACAGUUCGAUCAAGCAGUCAAAGAGUCAGCGAUUCCAGCUGAGCAGGUUGGAAAAGUCAACAAAGAACAACUUCCUGGCCCAGAGUUUCUGCAGCAAAAGUCAGGAACAAAGGAGGGCCAGGUACAGAUGAUUCAUCAGGGAGAUGGCAGCAUCACUGCCCAUACUUGGUCAUCUGCGACUCAGGAAUGGAUUGCUGUUGGUACUGUGGUUGAUUCAGCAGGAAGCAGUGGUCGAAAGACAGAGUAUCUAGGACAAGAGUACGACUACGUCUUUGAUGUUGAUAUUGAAGACGGCAAGCCUCCACUCAAACUCCCUUAUAAUGUCUCACAAAACCCCUACGAAGCAGCAAACAAGUUUAUCGGUGAUAAUGAGCUGCCCAUUUCAUACUUGGAUCAGGCGCCACCCUUGGUCAGUCCCAAGAGCCCGCAACUGAGGGCGCAGACCCUUGGGGCUCAGACCGUCGAUACCGCCCCGGAGACGGAGACGCCGCAGCCCCCCGAGAACGCAGCACCACCUGCUCCUCAACCACGCCCUCAAGUCCUACCACAAAAGACUUAUCUCUCAAUCCGGUCGGCGAACCUGAAAGUCAUCGCAAAGAAGUUGCAGGAGCUGAACGAGAAGGUUUUGGCCGAAGCCGGAAAGGAUAUUGCCUUGGAUCCGACUGAGAUCGAAGCUGUAGUUGCUCUAUGCACCCAAUUAGAGUCCUCCACCCAGCUUCCGGAUUCACCUGUUGUGCAAUCUGGAAUUCCAUUGAUUUUCAGAAUCGCAACUGCCUGGCCUGAAAGCACCAGACUUCCUGGAUUGGAUCUCCUUCGUCUGCUCGCUGCUGCUGCACCAUUUACCGCGUCCGCAGAAUACAACGGCAAUAAUCUUGUAUCUGGAAUUAUCUCCAGUGGGGUAUUCAACUCCCCUAUCAAUGUUAACAACGCCAUGCUCACUAUUCGAAUGCUUGCAAAUCUCUUCGAGACGGAUGCUGGUCGAAACUUAGCCAUGAGCACAUUCGAUCAGAUCGUCGCUGCGGUUAAGUCUGUUUUGGCUAACAGUGGAGAAUCGCCAAACCGUAACCUCACCGUUGCCACCGCGACACUGUAUAUCAACUUUGCCGUCUACAUUACUUCUGAAGGCAGGGAACAGGAUCCCGCCUCUGCAGAGCGGGGUCUAGUGCUUCUGGAGGAGCUUAUCAAGAUCAUUGCAAAGGAGAAGGAUUCGGAGGCCAUCUACCGAGCGCUCGUCGCUUUGGGUACUUUGGUGAAGGCUUUGGGCGUUGAGGUUCAGAGUGCCGCCAAGGAAAUCUACGAACUCAAUAAUGUUCUCACCCGGGUUUCUGGUUCGGCUGCAGGGAAAGAACCGCGGGUGAAGGGCAUUAUCGGGGAGAUUCGAGAUUCGGCUCUUUAA